UAUGUGUGCCUUUCCUAUCGUCUCAAAACUCAUGAUGCUCUGGCUGCUGAGUUCCCUCCUCUUUGUGGCCCUUGCCUCGGGCUGUGGCCGACCUUCCUACCAGCCCUCUGCCCGCGUUGUCAAUGGUGAGGACGCAGUCCCCUACAGCUGGCCUUGGCAGGUCUCCCUGCAGUACAAGAAGGAUGGUGCUUUCUAUCACACCUGCGGCGGCAGCCUUAUCACCCCCGACUGGGUCAUGACUGCAGGCCACUGUGUCUCCAGGAGUUCCUUGACCUACCAGGUGGUGUUGGGCGAGUAUAACCGGGCUGAAGAAGAAGGCUAUGAACAGGUGAUCCCCAUCAAUGCCGGGGACCUCUUCGUGCACCCACUCUGGAACUCCAACUGCGUAACCUGUGGCAAUGACAUCGCCCUCAUCAAGCUCUCACGCAGCUCGCAGCUGGGGGACGCCGUCCAGCUCGCCUGCCUCCCGCCCGCCGGGGACAUCCUGCCCAACGGGGCGCCCUGCUACAUCAGCGGCUGGGGCCGUCUCUACACGGGUGGGCCGCUCCCAGACAAGCUGCAGCAGGCCCUGCUGCCCGUGGUGGACUAUGAGCACUGCUCCCAGCUGGACUGGUGGGGCCUCUUCGUGAGGAAGAGCAUGGUGUGCGCCGGCGGGGACAUCCGCUCCGGGUGCAACGGUGACUCUGGGGGACCCCUCAACUGCCCUGCAGCAGACGGCUCCUGGCAGGUCCACGGUGUGACCAGCUUUGUGUCUGCCUUUGGCUGCAACACCAUCAAGAAGCCCACAGUGUUCACACGGGUCUCGGCCUUCAAUGACUGGAUCAAGGAGGUCAUAUCAAGCCACUAAAACCAAGGCCUCGGUGGCAGUGCUGAUCCACAUUCUUGGUAAAAAAUAAAGAUCUCUCAGAAAACCCCAA